AUGCUACACGGCCUGCCCAAACGACCCGCAUCGGGCUCCCCCGACCGGGACCGCCCCAGCAAACGCAUGGCCACGUCGUCUCCCGAGGAGGGCGAACUCGACGACGGCACCCCGCCACCGCCGCCUGCUCUGCGCUCACCGAGCCCUCCCCCAGCAGGAGGAGGGGUAAAGGUCCCCUUUCCGUUUAAGAAGAAGCCGCGGCAGCCGGAGAACGGGGCAGGCCCAAGCACGAGCGCGAAUGGGGUUGCAGAUCGCGGACGGGCAAUGGACGCGGACAAAGAGAGGGAGCGGGACGGCGAGCGGCGGUACGUCGACGACGAGCCGAAGCGGUUUGGGCUGCCCCCACGGCCCCCAAAUGAACGUGACUGGCGCGGAGGGCGGGCAGGGGACCGGUGGGAGCCAGAGCCAGCCAGGUACGGGCAGCGAGCGCGGUGGGAGGCGCAGAGCUACGUGCCGGACCAGCGGCCGUACACCCGCUCGCCGUCGAGGGAGCGGCGGUACCGGUCCCCGAGCCCGCGCAGUUUGGACAGACGGCCUCUUUCGAGAUCUCGCUCGCCGUCCUCGCCACGUUCCCCUUUGACCCCCGCAUCUGGGAAGGAGAAGCACAGGCUGCCUCCACCAAGACCGGUGGUUCCAGAGUCAGACACAUAUCGUUCAGCUUACGACAGGGAGCGGUGGAAGGACGAGGACGAGAGGGAGAGGUACGGCCGACAACGAGAAUCCUACGACCCCGUACGCGAUCGGCGUGAAGGUACGAACGAUUAUCAGUCGUAUACGCUGCGUUCACCUUCUCCCCGACCUCCGAUCUCUCCGCGAGCCACCCCUCGACAUAGCGCGAAUGGCAAUGACACAAGUCCGCUUCCACCAGCAGACCUCCCUCCCAAGCCUGCCGCUCCGCUUGUCACUCAUUCUCCCCAACCCCUCCCAUCCACACUUCCCCCCGUAGAGUCUGAGAUCCAUGCUGCGAAAUCCAUGCCGAACGUCAGAGUUCCGAUCGAAACUAAGGCAAUACUUGUGAAGAAAAGGAAGCUUCCGGCAGUACAACGCAGCCGCGAAGAAGAGAAGGAGGCCUAUGGACGCCUAUUCGAGGGGUGCGGACAAAAGAGCGAUGUCACGAUGUUGAGCAAGAUUGGAGAAGGCACCUUUGGGGAGGUCCACAAAGCUAAACAUCGCAGACACGGCACCGUCGCUUUGAAACGUAUUCUAAUGCACAACGAGAAGGAAGGCAUGCCUGUCACUGCUCUUCGUGAGAUCAAGAUCUUGAAGUCGUUGCGCCAUCCAUGCAUCGUAAACAUCUUGGAUAUGUUUGUGGUGCGAAGUAACGGGAAAGAUCCGUUGUCUGUAUACAUGGUAUUUCCAUACAUGGACCACGAUCUUGCUGGCUUGCUUGAGAAUGAACGGGUGAAACUCACUCCAAGUCAAAUCAAGCUCUAUAUGAAGCAAUUGUUGGAGGGCACCGAAUACAUGCACCGGAAUCAUAUCUUGCAUCGAGACAUGAAAGCAGCCAACUUGCUCAUCACGAAUGAGGGACGUCUCAAGAUUGCCGACUUCGGCCUUGCGCGAGCGUAUGAUCCCGAUAUCGUGAGGCACGCCAAGAAGAAGUACACCAACGUCGUUGUCACCCGCUGGUAUCGUCCACCGGAACUUCUACUCGGCGCUCGACAGUAUGGUGGGGAGGUGGACAUGUGGGGUGUCGGAUGCGUUUUGGGAGAAAUGUUCUUCCGGAAGCCUAUCCUGCCCGGGUCCUCUGACCUCGACCAGCUCGACAAAAUCUGGCGGCUUUGUGGAACACCGACGGCGCAAUCGUGGCCCGAUUACCCGACACUUCCAGGAUGCGAAGGCGUCAAGGACUUCAACAUGACUCCUCGGCGGCUACGACAGACUUACGAGUCCAUUGGCCCAGAGACUGUUGAUCUACUGGAUAAACUGCUUGUCGUGAAUCCCAAGGAACGGUUGACUGCUUCGCAAGCGCUAAACCACGAUUACUUCUGGACAGAUCCUCUUCCCGCCGAUCCUAAAACGCUUCCGCAUUACGAGGCAUCUCACGAGUUCGACAAACGUGGCCGUCGUCAACUCCCUCCCCCCAAUACAAUCUCCAAUAAUGGUGCCUUCGAGACAGUGCCGCGCAACCUGCCGAUGCCAACAGGCGUCGGUCAGCAGCACGGGCGCCCUGCACCUCCCCGCGAAGUGUUCCGCAACGGCCCCCCAGCCUCCGCAGGCGGGGGACACCCCGCCAUGUACAUGCCCCACGUCCCUAACCCCGGUCCCCGAUACCAGCCCGUGCCACAGCCUGCGCCGAUUCAGCUUGCGCCCACGCAGCUCCCGCCCAUCAAAUACGUGCCAGGCCAGGGCAUCCCGAGCCAUCUCACAGGGGCGCUGUCGUUGUCGAUUCCAAUGAUGCCAACCGCCCUUCCUCCUCCACCGACGUAUCAGGGGCGCGGUGCACCCCCUGGGCUUCCUGCGCGGCCGCAGGGUUUCCCUGCCCAGCCGUCGCAGCGGCGCAACGGGCGCGGACAGAACGACGGGUAUGGGGGAUACGGAGGUGGAGGUGGCGAGCUCAACUACGGCUAG